AUGUGCACCUUGACUGAUCCUUUCCAACUUCCACAUAAAUAUUCUCAGAAAGGUGAUGUAAUCAUUGGAAAAGUUGUGGCUCACUAUGGCUGUGUUUUUGAUGAAACCACUUAUACAAGAAACCCUAGAACUGUGAGGGAAGAUGGACUUAUUGUUGCACCAAAGAGGUACCAGCAUGUCCUAUCAUUUUUAUUUGCUGUGAAGGAGAUUAAUGCACACUCCAAGGUCUUACCCAAUAUCAGCCUGGGAUUCCAGAUCUUUGAUGGCUACUUCAGUGCAAGGAUGACUCAGCAAAACACCCUGAAACUACUGUCUUCCUGGGAAAGGAUUGUCCCCAACUAUAACUGCAACAAGAAAAAACAUCUGAUUGCGGUGGUUGCGGGACGUAGCUCUGAAAUGGCCUUUCACAUAAUUUCUAUUUUAAACAUCUACAAGGUCCCACAGAUUCACCGUUUCCUGAAAACCAUCUCAUUCAACAACAGUGCCGGAGAUCUGGUAUUUUUUAAUGAGAAUGGUGAAAUAGUAGCCGGAUUUGAUAUUAUAAACUGGGUCCUUUUGCCAAACAAAUCCUUCAUAAGAGUAAAAGUUGGAAGAAUGGAUCCACAAGUUUCCCCAGGCAGAGAGUUCACCAUUAAUGAAGAGGCCAUCACAUGGCAUAGUAUGGUUAAUCAGGUGCCUCCCAUUGCUGUGUGCAAUGACAACUGUUGGCCUGGGUAUAGCAGAGAGAAGAUUGAGGGAGCACCAUUUUGUUGUUACAGUUGUGCUUCAUGUCCAGAUAAGAAGAUUUCAAAUCAGAAGGACAUGGAUGACUGUUUUAAAUGUCCACAAGAGCAGUAUCCAAACCUGAACCAAGAUAGAUGCAUUCCCAAGCUUCUAAACUUCCUCUCCUUCACAGAAUCUUUGGGCAUCACUUUAGCUUCCUUGGCUCUCUUCCUUUCUUUGAUCACAGCUUUGGUGCUAGGAAUUUUCAUCAAGAACCAAAACACUCCAAUAGUCAAAGCCAACAAUCGGGACCUCACCUAUUCUCUCCUUGUCUCCCUGUUGCUCUGUUUCCUUUGCUCCUUGCUCUUCAUUGGCCGGCCUCAGACUGUGACCUGCUACUUACGGCAAACUACUUUUGGCAUCAUCUUCACAGUGGCUGUUUCAUGCAUGCUGGCCAAGACCAUCACUGUGGUUGUGGCUUUUGCAGCUACUAAGCCAGGCAGCAAGAUGAGGAAAUGGGUAGGAAAAAGAGUGGCAAACACCAUUCUUAUCUGUUGCUCCCUCAUUCAAGCCAGUGUUUGUGCCGUGUGGCUCUGCACUGCUCCUCCAUUCCCCCAUUUUGACCCGGACACUCUGGCUGAAGAAGUCAUAGUGGAAUGCAAUGAAGGGUCAGUCACAAUGUUUUAUUUGGUACUGGGGUAUCUGGGAUUUCUGGCCAUUGUGAGCUUUACUGUGGCUUUCCUCGCCAGGAAGUUGCCUGACAGUUUCAAUGAAGCCAAAUUUAUCACUUUCAGUAUGUUGGUGUUUUGCGGCGUCUGGCUGUCCUUUGUUCCAUCUUAUCUCAGCACCAAAGGCAAAUAUAUGGUAGCGGUGGAGAUCUUCUCUAUCUUGGCCUCUAGUGCUGGGCUGCUGGCUUGUAUCUUCUUCCCUAAAUGCUACAUAAUCAUUGUGAGGCCUGAGCUGAAUUCUAGACACCAGCUAAUAAAGAAGUAA